CCGAUUCCCCACGCCUGGUCUUUGGCCUUGCAUCGCCGCCCCUCGGAGGAGAGCCAUGGUGGCGGCGGUGGCGGUGGCGUGGCUGCUCCUGUGGGCCACGGCCUGCGCGCAGCAGGAGCAGGACUUCUACGACUUCAAGGUGGUCAACAUCCGGGGCAAGCUGGUGUCGCUGGAGAAGUACCGCGGCUCGGUGUCUCUGGUGGUGAACGUGGCCAGCGAGUGUGGCUUCACAGAGCAGAACUACCGAGAUCUGCAGCAGCUGCAGAGGGACCUGGGUCCCCGCCACUUCAAUGUGCUCGCCUUCCCCUGCAACCAGUUUGGCCAACAGGAGCCGGACAGCAACAAGGAGAUCGAGAGCUUCGCCCGCCGCACCUACGGGGUCUCUUUCCCCAUGUUUAGCAAGGUCGCGGUCACUGGCACUGGUGCCCACCCCGCCUUCAAGUACCUGAUAGAGACUUCUGGGAAGGAGCCCACCUGGAACUUCUGGAAGUACCUGGUGGCCCCGGAUGGGAAGGUGAUCGGGGCGUGGGACCCGACGGUGCCGGUGGAGGAGAUCAGGCCCCAGAUCACCGCGCUUGUGAGGAAGCUCAUCCUGCGGAAUCGAGAAGACUUGUAGCCCCGCGCCCUCGGCUGCCACCGCCUGUGCAGCUGUGACCAGAGAAAACUCGAAGGUGCUUCAGAGGGAGAGACCACGGCCUCGCCUUCAUUCCCUCGUAGCCCGCCCACCCCAUCAAUCUUACAGGGGAGGAGUGCUGGUGUUCUGAUGAUUUGAAUCUUAGAGCAACCAAUAGGAACCCUGGCCAGUGAGAGCUCUUGACCAGUGAAUCACCAGCCACUAAACUUCUGGCCAGUGAAGAUUCGUGGCGAGCAGAAGUCUAUCAAGCAACCGUCUCUACAACGGGGCCAGUUCCUACCUCACAGGGCUGUUGUGGGGAUUAGGAUGGAAUCCCUGUGGAAGCGCCAGGGCAGUGCUAACUAAAUAGGAGGCACUCAAAAGGGUUUUUUGCAUAUAAACCAAAGAACAACUUGUGAUCAAUAAAAACUUGCACCCAACAUGAAUUUCCAGUGGGUAGCCAAGACAAAAAUUUACUCAUUGUCUUUCUUUCUGUGUGUGUGUGUGUGUGUUUCUUAAAUUAUGUAAGAUGCAAAGCUCAUUGUAAAAAUCCAAAAAAUACAGAAUGACAUAU